GGGAGGACAUGAUCAGAGGAUAGUGCCAGUGGCCCAUCCUUGGAAUUGGAGAAUCGUGGUUUGAGGCCAGCCUUGGCAGAAAAGUUUGUGAGACUCCGUUCUCUACCUAUAGCUGGGCCAAGCUGGGUGCAUGCCUGUCAUUCCAGCUACAAUGGGGUGCCUAAAACCAGCAGAUCGCAGUCCAGGUAUUUGAAAGGCCUAGGGUGAGAUCCCAUCUCAAGAAAUAACCAAACCAAGAAGGGAUAGAGGUGAGGCUCAUGUGGUAAAGCACCUACCUAGCAAGUACAAAGCAAGCCCUGAAUUCAAACCCCAGUACUGACAAAUAUAAAAUAAAAUAAAAUGAGAACAGGACAGAUGCAGGCGAUGGUGGCUGAUGUCAACAGCUGCUGGGGCUUGGUGGAGAAGAAAUGGGUUAAUUAAUCCCAGGCUGAGGGGAGGCCUCCAGUGCUGCGGGGGGCAUGCUGGGGCCUGCGCUGGCUCGAGGGGGGGCCGAGGCAGAGGCUAAUGAGUGGGUGAGGCAGUGGCAGACUGUGGCUGAGCUAGCGUCUGAACUGCGUGGAAAUGGCCGGGCCAGGGUUUCGGGGUCACACCGGUGGACCACUCCUGCUGCUCCUGCUCCUGCUCCCAUCCCAGGCCCUGCCUGAAGGACCGCUGGUGUUCGUGGCUCUGGUGUUCCGCCAUGGCGACCGCGCCCCGCUGGCUUCCUACCCCACAGACCCGCACAAGGAGGCGGUGUCCAGCCUGUGGCCUCGAGGCCUGGGCCAGCUGACCCGGGAGGGGAUCCGCCAGCAGCUGGAGCUGGGCCGGUUCCUGAGGCGGCGCUACAAGGCCUUUCUGAGUCCUGAGUAUCGGCGGGAGGAGGUCUACAUCCGCAGCACUGACUUCGACCGCACGCUGGAGAGUGCGCAAGCCAACCUGGCCGGGUUGUUCCCUGAGGCCGCCCCGGGGAACCCUGAGGCUGACUGGAAGCCCAUCCCAGUGCACACAGUGCCCGUCAGUGAGGACAAGCUGCUGAGGUUCCCCAUGCGUAGCUGUCCCCGAUACCAUGAAUUGCUGCGGGAGUCCACGGAGGCUGCCGAGUACCAGGAGGCCCUGGAGGGCUGGACGGGCUUCCUGACUCGCCUGAGCAACUUCACGGGGUUGACACUGGUCGGGGAGCCCCUCCGCAAGGCAUGGAAGGUUCUGGAUACACUCAUCUGCCAGCGGGCACACGGACUCACCCUCCCAUCCUGGGCCUCCCCGGAUGUCCUGCGGACACUGGCACAGAUAUCAGCUUUGGAUAUCGGGGCACACGUGGGCCCACCCCGGGCAGCAGAGAAGGCCCAGCUGACAGGGGGGAUCCUGCUCGAUGCCAUCCUCAGCAACUUCUCGCGGGCCCAGCGCCUGGGCCUGCCCCUCAAGAUGGUGAUGUAUUCAGCUCAUGACAGCACCAUCCUGGCCCUCUUGGGAGCCCUGGGUCUCUAUGAUGGGAAGACCCCAACACCACCUUAUGCCGCCUGCCUGGCCUUUGAGUUCCGGAAGUGCCUCAGGGACCCAGAGGAAGAUGGACGGAACAUCACUGUAUCCCUCUUCUACCGCAAUGACACUACCCGCCCACCGCUGCCCCUCAGCCUCCCUGGGUGCCAGGCCCCCUGCCCCCUGUGGCUCUUCCAUCGGCUGACCGCUCCUGCCCGGCCUCCAGCACAUGGGGCCCGUUGCCAAGGCUCCUCUGACCCUGCCACCUCCCCAGGUGACAGCCCUUUGCACUUAGGUGGGAGUGGGGGGGUCCCCAGUCCUGAGGCCAAUCCCCAUGUUCUUCCUGCAGCAGCCACAGUACCCCUGCUGGCGGGAGCUGUGGCUGUGCUGGGGGUGCUCAGUCUGGGCCUUGGCCUCCUAGCUUGGAGGCCUAGCUGCCUGCGGGCCUUGGGGGGUGCCGUAUGAUUGGGGCAGCCCCUCCUCCCCAGCUGCCACUGGAUCCUAACAUGUGUGCUCAUCUGCUGCUCUGGCUUGUCACUUACUGCGCCUGGGGGGGGGGACACGGGAGGACAAGGUGGGGCCCCUGGCUGUGGGGCCUGUGGAUGAG